AUGAAGGGAUUCUGUAAUUUUUAGAAAAUUCUUCUUCAUUAUAGUAGAUUAAAUACACAAUGCACAAGAGUUUAACUAAGGAUGUAUGAAUUUUAAUAUAACUUUAGAGCUAAUUAAUAAGUUAAUAAGUAAUUCAGAUGUUGUUCUUUAAUAACUUCUUUGCAAUAUUUUACUUUUUGUAAAACUAACCUACUUGGAUUUAUUGAUUUAUUGGAUAGUAAUUAGUUUAAUAUAAUGAUUAUAGUUCAUAAGAUUUUAAUUUAAUUAGAAGUGGAGAAUUGGACUCAAAAAAUGAUUCAUGUUUGA